AUGGCUCAAUGGGUCGCUGAGGAUGCGGAAACCGUCACACCAUGCUGUUGCGUGAGACCUCAUGGUCACCUGACGAUUCGGUUGGUGGAGUCUGAUUACUUGGAAGGUAGUCCUGAAGUACAGCACUCUCCACUCGUUGUCGGAAUGACCUUCAGUAACGACAUGUACGAGCGAUUCCGACAGAAUUCUAGCCACCCUUUUGCCAUGUCAGCUUGUACCACUCUGAUUUGGCCACGAGCUAAAGCACCCAAUUCGACGAACAACGAUUCGGCAUACGUAGUAGAUGGCCUAACCGCCGCAGCUUUAGGUGCUGGACGCAUUCUUCAAUUACAAUUUCUCUUAUACAACCGGACACCCGUUUUCCAAUUGGCUCUUGCAGAUUCGCAAGCGCCAGCCUACAUAAGCUAUGGCUCUGAGACAACAGCUAUCGAAAACCUGCAGCUGUCAGCUGCUUACAGGGACUGUCUCACAGACAAACACCAAGGAUGUGCCGCUUUGCUACCAUACAUGUCUCAGAUUGUCACAUGCAACCCGAGUUGGAGAUUCGUGCAGCCGACACACUACAUCCAGAGCUAA